AUGAUCUCCCAUGGCUCUACUCUGAUUCCUUGUGAACGUUUUUGCCUUUCCGAUGAUGAUGAUGACGUCGCUCGGUGGUGGUGGUGAUGGAGGAGGUGGUGGCCGCGGUGGGAGGUUUACGACGUAUUCUUCGUCUCUUUCGGUUCCUCCAUCUGGUCCUCAUUCGCCUAGCUACUCAGGUGGUAUCAGAUCACAGUCUUCUGUGUUCUUUGAACAAGAGAAAGUUACUCGAAGAGCGUCAUAAGCUUACUCCAUUCUUUCCCGUUCUUCCACAUGCACAGCGACUACUAAACCAGGAGAUUAUGCGUGUAACCACACUGUUGGAGAAUGCCACAGUUUUGAGUCAGAGUGGGCUUGACCACCCUAGCCCUCUAGGUAAUGGAAGGAUAUUUCAGAAUGCAAGAGCUGACCUGAGCGGAUGGGCAGCCUCACAGUUUCCAUUAGAAAGAUCUGUUCCAUCGUCUCCUGAACCAAACUGGCUUAACUCACCAGGUAGUCCCUCCGGUCUGAUCGCCAAGCGAACGAUAAGGGUUGAUAUUGCAGUCGAUGAUUACCCAAAUUUCAAUUUCGUUGGUCGCCUCCUAGGUCCUAGAGGAAACUUCCUGAAGCAAGUUGAAGCAAGUACGGAUUGUCGUGUUCUUAUAAGAGGAAGAGGCAGCAUAAAAGAUCCAGUUAAGGAGGAAAUGAUGAGAGGAAAACCAGGAUUUGAGCACUUAAAUGAGCCACUUCAUAUCUUAGUUGAAGCAGAGUUACCUAUUGAGAUAGUCGAUGCACGUCUCAUGCAAGCUCGCGAGAUACUCGAUGAUCUUCUUACUCCUAUUGAGGAAACGCAUGAUUUUUACAAGAAACAACAACUGAGAGAGCCUUGGAAUGAAGUAUCUCCAAUGUCUGGUUCUGUUUCUCCUUACAAUAGCCUUGGAAUGAAGAGAGCCAAAACAAGAGAAGUGUAA